GAGUUAUUUCCCUUGCACACAUUCCAAGAUGGAUGACGAUUUGGGUUUCGAGUCUACUACAGCUUCAAAAGCUUCUAGGAGUGCGAAGCAAGGACGCCGAGCUCAGGCUAAAGGUGUGACACCACCAGAUGCACCAACAUUUGAGGAUGAAUCACCAAGGUCGACAAAACCGACCAAGAAGUCUCCAGAGGAUAUGGAUGGUCCUCCGAAGCCUUCAAGAAUAUCAGGCUGGGGAGAAGAUGCUCCAAGGAAAAGCCGAAAACUGGGAGAAGGAUUUGAACAGUUUGAAGACAAGCAAAAUGAACAGGAUGUACUGUUUGGAAUUGAUGAUGAAUUUGGUGAACGACUACGUCCCAAAAGUCCAGACAAUGAUUCUGAUAAUGAAAUCCCCGUGAUUCCUGACCUAGAGGACCAACAGGACGAUGACAUAACUUCCUCCAUUGCAGUAGCUCCUAAUGUUGCUGUGAAUAGAGUCGCUACUUACCGAGAAUUAGACAACGAUCUCCUCAGACAGGCUGCCUUUCUAACACUGGAUAACGAGAUUGACUUGAAAUUACUGACCAAGUCCUUAUCAACAGAGGCUGACUUAAUCGAGGACGAUAAGCCAUGGGAUUGGGACCGAUUAUUCACAGAAGUCACGUCGGAAAUCCUCUCACAGAUGGAAAACACGGAGGAACCAGAAGCGUCAGAACAACAACAGGCUUUAUAAGGAGUUUUGGAAUUAAAACUUUAUCCAAGUUCCAGAUAGAGCACUCUGUUGAAAACUGCCGGACUUCAGAAUACUGAUUAUAAUGAGUAAUCCGUCCACACUUUGUGUACAUAUCAACGUUGUGUACUGUUUAAGAGUGCUCUCUUGAUAUAUGAUGGUAUAAUUUUAAUUCAAAUUCUCGUUAAAGAUAUAAUUAGUCACAUAAUUAAUGUCUGUCCUACUUUUAGUGUGUAUGUAUUUAUGUGAAGGUGAGAGUAUGUAUUAUGUAUGAAAUGUGGAGAGUCAUUUUGAAUAAAGAAUAAAAAAACA